AUGUCUGCAAAGAAAGAGACAGCAAUAGAAACUCUUGCCAGGAUAUGGCCCGAGUUUGAUCCAACUGGACUCGGUAUCAUGGCAGACAGAAUGGAGAGUGUUCUCCUCAGAGUCGAAGAGGAGCAAGGGACCCAGCUCCUGGAGAAGGCCAGUUGGGAUCGUCUUCAUUUUUAUAUCUCGUCCGUUGGGGGAACCAUUGUCAGCCAAAAGGAUUUAGCUGACCUCCUCAACCUACUCCAAAGCUCUUCCCAACCAGCGGACCAUGUCGACCAACAACCCGAACAACAACAGCCUCAGCUGGAACAGGAGGAGCAGAGCAACCAGGACGCCUACACCCACCCACUCAAGUCAAACAGCUUUCAGGAGUUGUCCGACACUAUCGACAACAGCGUAUCAGAUACUUCACUAUCGCAAUCAUCAGAGCCAGAGCAGCCGGCCUACUCCGAGAGCCAACUUCACCCACGCCAUUCCUCUGUGAUCGGCCAGCGUCCUAGAGCGACCUCAUCCACCUUCCGCAAAAUCUCCUUGAGCGAGUCGACUCACUUUCGUCCACGCCAACACAGGGUUGCACAUGGGUCGUCUCCCGAAACUUCAGACGUCGAAGAGAACCCCAUGUCUUCGCGACCCAAUUCGCGAGGAACACUUUCCGGUAGGUCUUCAACCUCCAGUCCGUCUGGCCCAACAGGUCCAGCCGACAACAACUGGAGAAGCAACUACAACCAAUUCAGCAUUCGUGAACAGAGCCGGACAGAGUUCGAAGGGUAUGGCAUGGAGGCUGAUUAUGAUUCGCCCGACAACGAUGCUCAGUUGGAAACCUUGCAGCAGGCAUAUUUGAGCAUGCAGAAAAAACUUCGGGACCAAGAUGUCGAGUACGAAGCACGUGUCAACGAGCAGGUCAAGAAGAAUAUCCUCAACCAACAGCAGAUGGAAGACUUGAAUCGAGACCUCAAGACUAUGCGCCGUGAAAUCUUGGAGCUCAAGACUACAGAACGCUUUAAAACAUCCCAGAUCGCAGACCUUGAGGUGCAGAUGGAAAAGACUGAACGGACCAACUCCACGCAAAAGUCAAACGCAGCGGCUCUCAAGAGGCAAAAAGACGAACUGGAAGACGAGAACGAGCGCAUGCAGGAUAUUUUGAGGCAAAAAGAGGAUGCAUUGAACCAAGCGACUCUUCGGAUGACAGCAAUCGAAGCUGACACUCGCAAGAUCAAUGCGGACCAAGAGACCAUGGAGACAUUGAGAGAGCGAUUGAUGGCAGAGAUUACCAAGAACGAGGAGAUGGCUACCCAAUUGGAGCUGGUCAACAGCAGACUUCGACAGACAGAAGAGUUGACUGGAGGCCAACGGAGUGAGUUUGAUGUUACAACCAACGGUCAAAUCAACGCCAGUCUCGAUGACGUUGCACUUCAGGGCAGGAAUUUGAUGUCAGAAUUGGCUAAUGUUGGCGCCAAGUUUGGACCUGGAUAUGACCAAACAGACGAGAGUGUCGAUGUGAGCAAGCGACCCGCUUCGGAUGCUACUGCCAAGUGGGAUCCAGCACACGAGGGAACACGCCGAUUAUUGCGCGAGAGCACAUCGUUUGGAAUGAAGAUGAAGAGAUCGUCGCUUCGCGAUCUCAGUCAGCGAUUCAAGGAGCACAGUGUUGAGACAUCCCCGAGCCAGGAGCGCCGGGAGCCUCCCUCUCCAUAUACCCCAACGGCCCCUACAGCCAACUUGGGAGAGGAAGUCAAUGAAUCGGCAGUGGUGCUCAAAACCAGAGAAGAGGAUGUGGACUGCGAGUUGCCUGUCGGACUUCAGGCCCUCGAAGACAAGGAGACAUUGCUGGACCAGGAGCUGGGAACUCAGGCCGAGUUGAUCGAAGGCUUGUUCAAGUCCAAGGAGCAGAGCCAUCCCCUUGAUGUUCCGUUUGGCACCGAGAGCAUUUUAGGACAGACGCUGGGCAUGCCCAACUUGAAACUGAAGGCCGACCGUGCCCGCCGACGCAAAGCUCAGGCUUCACGCGUGUUGACGCAGUCGGAGGUGGUGGACUUGCUGAACCCAGGAGCCAACCAAGGAUCCCCCUCAAACUCGCCACCAGGAGUCCGCUCUGGAGGUCCAAGGACCCGCGCACUCAACAAGAGGGAGAACAAGAAUGUGAUUGCCAACGUGACGUUGGUGUCGAUGUACACGAUUGUUGUCUAUCUGUUUGGUGUGAUCACCUCGGUCUUCUUGGUUGACAAUGGCGCCGCGCCCGCUGGAUUCAAUUAUGGUCGGUUCCUAUCCUUUGAUGCCGCCCUUCAGGAGGUCGCCAACAAUGAUGGCGGACGGGGAGGGUUCAAGGUUGUGGAGAUCUUGGUCUACUGGCUUCAGAACCUUGUCUGGCAGGGAGAUGCAGGUUAUGUUCCCACCUAG